AUGGCGGCGACCAUGGAGGAGGAGGCCAUCAUCAAGUAUCGGUACCUCACGCAGACCGUGAGCACCACGGCCAAUGUCCUGCCUCCCAUGAAGAGCCUGGCCAGGAGGUUCUUCCAAUUCCGGACCGCUCUCACCUCUGGCACCGCGGCGGAGGCGCGGGCCCUGUACGACGACCUCCUGCGGCGCCUGGAGGCGGGCAUUGCCGCGACGCGGGGCGGGAUCGAGGCCGCGCGCCGGGAGCUGGCCGCCGCGCAGGCCGACCUGCGCCACGCGCGGGAGUACGAGGCGCUGCGGCGCAGCGUGGUGGCGCUGGCGCCUCGCUCCGCCACGCGGCGCGAGAUGGACGGCGCGUGCCGCGAGAUCGGUGACCUGCAGGCCCAGGCGCGGGGGCUGGAGGAGGCGAUGGCCCGGCGCCGCGCCGCGCUGACCGGGCUGCUGGCCGUCGCGGCGGGGGUGGCGGCCGAGCUGGAGAGCGAGGCGCUGGCGGAGGAGGGCGCGCUGCCGGAGACAGAGAUGGCGGAGACCGUCGCUGGGCCGGCUGCGUUGCUGGACCGAUGA